CUUUAAGGCUGUAAACUGCGAAGUUUAACGAAGAUCGUCCCAUUUCACUCUCAUAAGAAAUUUUCCUGAAAACUGAGCUCACCCAGGUUUAAAUGGGAUAUCCCAAGUCAAAAUGGCUGUAAUUUUCGGUUCGCUUGAAAAACCAUUGUUAUUGUCUUAAAUAAAGUUUUUACUGUAAUUUGAAGAAGUAUAUCGGAUAACCUAUUCAGCUGUGAGUGAUGAUGACAAUUCUUACUACAUGGGAAUUAUUGACUGGAAGUUUUUGUUAAUGUUUAUGGUUCAAGGAACUUGACGAGGACUCUGUGUAUAGUACAUGUAGUCAGCAUGGCAGAAAGCAGUCACGAAAUGGAAACACAGCAAGCGUGUGAACUUCCACCUCGGGAACUACCACUGACACCUGCCGUAGAGCUUGGAGAUGAGAUAGAGACAAAUGCAGUUAGUACAAGUAGUCCUGCAAGGGUCCCAUCUCCUGUAUGUACUGACGUUGACCAGUUGAAAGAUGCUGCUGAAGAUGGGGCAGGUUCAGAGGGUACCAAGGAACACGUGGUUGAACAUGCACCAGAUGUACUAGAGCCGUUUCAGGUUACCAGUGUAGAUGUCGCAGAGCAGGCCAGUGCAUGUAUGUCUGAACCACACAAUUUACAGGAGGAAUCUAGUUUGAAUAUUUCAGAGAUGGUCGAUAGCCCUGAUCAGAUUCAGGAAGACUUGCCUGAAGAAAGUUGUGAUUCUUAUGACCAAGUAGAAAAUGAAUCCUUCUUUCAGUGUCCAUCUGAGGAAAAUGUGCAUACACUUUCAGAGACAACUUUUACUACCUGUUUAGACAAAGUUCCUACAGGGAUGGAAUCUAUGACUGACACAGGAGUACUUGUAAGAGAUACCGAUUCCAUCAAGCCAAUUGGCAGGGAGGAUUUAGAAAUGCUAGAACCAGAGGAAACACCAAGUCCUCCGGAAAUAGUACCUAUUGAAGUAGGACAGUCCCCAGAAAAGCCAGCAGAAAUAGAAGAUUGUACAUAUACCAAUGUGACGGAGCAAGACUUCACUUCUUCUCAAGCUGUUACUGAACCUGAGGUGGAGCCAACUGAAGUGGAAGACCGACCCUCCAGAAAUGAUGUUACUUUGGAGCAAACCACGACCACUGAGGAAUUUCCUGUAGACGAACCAAAGCAAAUUUCAGAAAAUCAAAUAGCAGCAGAAGAGGAUGUCGAGGUGAGCGUACCUGCUAACCAAAUCUCAAGUGUACAAACUACUGUAAUGCCUGAAAGUGUUGCCGCAGCUUUGGUCUGCGAGGACACCAACUCCAGCCAGGACGUCAUCAAGGAUGACACCCUGAGAGUAAAGCCACUGGCCACUCUGGAUGCGGCCACGGAUGCCAGUGGGAGGAGCACCCCCAACGUUGACUUCCUGAAGGAUUUGACAGGGAGGGACAGUCCGAGCAUCAGGUCGCUAAAGGAGGAUUCCGGGCGGGACAGUCCCAGUCAAAGAUCCAGACGGAGGAUAGGGCGAGACAGUGUUGUCACGGAGGCAAAUGAAGCAAAUAUGGGAAUAUUCCCUGCAGAGAAUUUGUUUGAGUAUCAGUGGCCACAAGAUAAAGGAGCUGAGUGGUAUUUUGUCCAGGAACAAGUCAGCGAGUUUCUGCAAGUUAAGUCAUUCAAGCGGAAGUAUCCAGAUUUAGAAAGACGAGUGAUGGACAUUCAUGAGAAAGAGUUCCUUCGGGAGAGAGGGGUCGUCACUGAAGAGCAGGUCACGUUAGGACUAACGGCAUUGCGUGCGGACGAGGUGUACGACUUGAUGCUAAAAGAUGCUCCAGAGAAGUCGGCAGAGUAUGCGCGGGUCCUGCAUGAAAAGGAGAAACAGAAUAUCAGCAAUAAACACAAACAGUACGAAGCGCCAUCUGUUGACUCCAACAAAGUUCAAGAAUAUGUCAAGAAAGCAGUCAGGCAGGCGGCAGACUACAACUCGGCCUUAAUGGCUGAAAGGAGGGAGGAGAGAUUGUACUAUUUUGACAUGCAAACCUUGACAGUGCAGAUGCCAGCAAGUAGAAUGAAGAGACAAGAUAAAGAGGCUACCAAGAUGGGUCCAUACCCCGUCAGUGUCAUACCAGGCCAAUAUCAGAAUUACUAUCGCAGCUACUCAGCUGAGGAGUUGAAGUAUUUUCCUCUGAACACUGCUCUCUACGGACCAAUGGCACCGCGCCGUCAGACGGACCUGGCACCACCCCCAAACAAGGAUGAACCUGACCAGCUGUCUGACAAUGAGACCGUUCUGUCGACAGAGAAUUUUGACUCGUCUAGCGAUGUCAGUGACCGUGACCAGCCCAUGCCGAUGGACUUGGAUGCGACUGACAGUGCAGACAUUGGUAGUGAUGACAGAAAUGGACACAUCAUGCUGCCUGUAGAACCAUCUUCCUCUGUGUAUAAACCAGUGGCUGUACGAGAAUUGGAGCCUUGCGCUGUGGUUGGUCUAGAACGACCCAAGGAUAUCCCUGAUGCCAUUUGUGGCCUUUGCCUCAAAAACAGCUCUCAGAAUAAGAUGGGUGUUCCAGAGAAGAUGAUCCACUGCUCACAGUGUGACAACAGCGGUCACCCAACAUGUCUGGACAUGACUCAAUCAAUGGUGGAGGUGAUACAGACGUAUCCUUGGCAGUGUAUGGAGUGCAAGACAUGUUUCCACUGUGGAGACCCUACACAUGAGGACAAAAUGAUGUUUUGUGAUAUGUGUGACCGAGGCUACCAUACCUUCUGUGUUGGCUUACAAGACAUUCCUACAGGUCUGUGGGCUUGCGAGAGCUGCCAGAUGAGGGACGUGCCAGCUGCGCUCGCCCCCCAUGUGCCCACCCCACCGCUGCCCCCUACCCCACCCCUAGCAGACCCCAGCCUGGUAGAGGAACCCUCCUCCCCUCAGCUAGCAGAGUCCACCCCAUCCAGCAAGAAGAAAGGGCGGAGAUCGGCCACUCCUGUGUCCGUAGGCAAGCAGUCCACGCCGGGGAUGAAAAGAAUGAAAUCAUCUACACCAACGCCCAAGAGAGUCAAGAAGAAGUAGAUUCAGAACAGGCGUGUGCUUCAUCAAGCUAGCUUCACUGAUGCCAUUUUAUUUCUAAAUUACAGAAGCUUACUGGCUCUGAAUAGAAGUAUCCCCUGGCCUGGAAAUGAGGAGACAGACCAAGUCAUGCAAACACCCUGCAUGUUUAUGAACUUUUUGCUUUACACUUGCAAAAGUUUGUGCUGGCACUGAGUUGGCAGAAUGGUAGCAGUUGCUAAGUAGCAGAGCUCUCCUAUCCUGUUCAUGCACAAAUGUUGAUAAUGUCAGUGUUAGUUCAGGGAUUAAUUUGGGUUGAGUGGUUUGGGGGAGUCUUGUCUUGACAUGAACUUCAUGAAGCGACUCCAAAACGGCAUAACUGGGGGAACUGAAAAGACUACUGGCUCAGGACAGUGGGUGCGCUGUUUACAGCUUUGAAGAUUUUAGGGAGAGUUCUGUCUGCAUUUAACUGAUUAUUAAGAACUUGCUGCGGGGGAACCCCGUUUCAGACACCAUGGGUUUAUACGCAGAGCCAGGGUGCCUGAAAUGGGACAAAAGAGCUGGUCCGUGUAACAAAAGAUCAUACUCGGAACAAAAGACCUGCUAUUGGGAAUUAUCAUUUUUUCGGCGUGCAUUUUUCGAAGGUAAUCCGUCACUCUUUUUAAACAGUAUAUUAGCACUGUGGACAAAAGUGUUCCAGGGCCCCAAUGAUAAGCAACACAACACCGCUGCAUGCUAAUCUAGCUGCGUUUGAAAAGAUGCCACUGGCAUUCACUGGGCACAAAGGA